AUGAUCUCCGAGUUCCAAUGCCCUUGUCAUGGAACAAUGAGAGGAUAUGUAGGAGACCAGUAUAAAACUUCGCGAGUGAUAUUUUAUCCUGGAGCUCAAUACGAAGGCAAUUGGAAAAGUAGUCAUAUGUGUGCCCAGCUUGCAGAUGGCAUACCUCUUUUCGACGCCAUACACCCAAAUGCAGUAGCCGUCUUUCUUUUUGAUCAAAGCAGCAAUCAUAAAGCCUAUCCUGAAGACGCUCUUUUGACACAAAACAUGAACUAG